CUCCUUACAUGAAUCAAAGACUGAAGAUAGUGGUUUGUUUUCCUUGUUAAUAUCCACAAUGUUUUACCCAACAACAAAGGCACCAAUGUAAACAUAUAAAUAAUGGUUGAACAUAGGCCACCUCUUUCAAGCCACUCCUCUUUCUGGAAUGAAGCAAAACCUGAAACCACUCCCUGUCCCUGCCUUGGUCAUCAGUUAUAUUCCCAAACUCUAUGAUAUGCGUUAUCAGUGAGAGAGGACAUGGCGAAGCAAGGAGAUCAGCUCGACCGAGAAAAACUCUGCUGUUCAAUCUGUCUGGAUCUACUGACGGAUCCAGUGACUAUUCCCUGUGGACACAGCUACUGUAAGAGCUGUAUCAAACUCCGCUGGGAUGAAGAGGAAAAGGACGACAUCCUCAGCUGUCCUCAGUGCAGACAGAUCUUUAAAAUGAGGCCUGCUCUCGUGAAAAACAUUGUGUUGACAGAUUUAGUGGAGGAACUGAAGAAGACUGGACUCCAAGCUGCUCCAGCUGAUCUCUGCUACGCCGGACCUGGAGAUGUGGCCUGUGAUUUCUGCACUGGGAGAAAGCGAAAGGCUUCUAAAUCCUGUCUGCAGUGUCUGGUCUCUUAUUGUGAGCAGCACCUCCAGCCUCACUAUGAGGUUGCUCCGUUAAAGAAGCACAAGCUGCUAAAACCAUCUGCAAAUAUUCAAGAGAACAUUUGCUCUCGUCACAAUGAGGUGAUGAAGAUUUUCUGCCUCACUGAUCAACAGUGUAUCUGUUAUCUCUGCUCCAUGGAUGAACAUAAAGGCCACAACACAGUCUCUGCUGAAGCAGAAAUGAUAAACAAGAAGAAAGAGCUCGGCCUGAGUCGGCAAAAAAUCCAACGAAGAAUCCGGGACCAAGAGAAUCACGUGAAGAUGCUUCAGCAGGAGGUGGUGGCUAUAAAUUGCUCUGCAGAUAAAGCAGUGACAAACACUGAGAAGUUGUCCACUGACUUGGUCAAUGUCAUCGUGAGAGGAAGCACUGCUGUGAAGCGUAAGAUCAGGUCCCAGCAGUUCACUGAAGUGAGUCGGGCCAAAAAGCUUAAAGAGAAGUUGGAGCAGGAGCUCGUUGAACUGAGAAGGAAAGACACUGAGUUGGAGAAACUCUCACACACAGAGGAUCAAAUCCAGUUUCUUCACAAUUACGUCUCGUUGCCACCCCUCAGCAAAUGUACCUUAUGUCCCCUACCUAGCUCCAAUACUCAUCCUCUGCAAUAUUUUGAGAACGUUUCAAAAGCUGUAUCGGAGGCCGGAGGCAAACUAACAGGAACAUCCACUGAGGAAUGGAACAAGAUCUCAAUGACAGUAACUGAAGUGGAUGUUUUGCUGCCUCAAGACCCAAAGACCAGAGCUGAACUUUCACAAUAUGCAGUUCAGAGGAAUCAGCUCACACUGAAUCCAAACACAGCAAACACACGACUGGUAUUAUCUGAAGAGAACAGAAAAGCCACAUCAGUGAAAGACACACAGUCAUAUAUUGGUCACCCAGAGAGAUUCAUGUACAAUGCUCAGGUUCUAAGUAGACAACAGCUGACUGGACGUUGUUAUUGGGAAGUACAGUGGAGUGGACUGGGAGUCUCAGUAGCAGUUGCAUACAAGGACAUUGCCAGAACCGGAAAGGAAAGUGUAUUUGGAGACAAUGAGAAGUCCUGGGUAUUGGAGUGCUGCUCCAAUGGCAACUAUAACUUCAAACACAAAGGCAAUAGAAAAACCAUACGAGGCCGUCAGUCCUUCAGAGUUGGAGUGUUCCUGGAUCACAGAGCAGGUAUUCUGUCUUUCUAUGAAAUAUCUGAAACUGUUACUGUCCUCCACAGAGUCCAGACUACAUUCACCCAACCACCCUAUGCUGGACUUGGCAUUUGUUAUUUUGGAUCUACAGCUGAGUUGUGUGAAGUUAGGAGAGACAUCAAGAGUUAG